GCAAGUACUCGCCACUCGGUGGAUAAAGACCAUUCUCUCUCAGGUUGUCACUUGGACGAACAUUUUUAUUACUGUUUCUAGGAAAAGACCAAGAAUUGCAAUGGAUAUUAGACCCAACAACACAAUCUACAUCAACAACCUAAAUGAAAAAAUCAAGAAAGAUGAGUUGAAGAAGUCGUUAUACGCAAUCUUCUCACAAUUUGGGCAGAUUUUAGACAUUGUCGCUCUAAAAACACUGAAGAUGCGUGGCCAAGCAUUUGUCAUCUUCAAAGAUAUCAAUGGUGGGACAAAUGCACUGCGUUCAAUGCAGGGAUUCCCAUUUUAUGAUAAACCCAUGCGGAUAGCAUAUUCAAAAAUCGACUCGGAUAUAAUCGCAAAACAAAAAGGCACUUUUGUUGAGCGACCAAAGAAACCAAAGCGUGUCCCAGGAGAAGAUUCACAGAUGUCGAGGAAAGAAAGGAAACGGGCACAAGCGAAGAAAAUAGAAGAUCAGCAACAGGCAGUGCAGGCUCAGCGACCACAGCUUCCUCCUGCAAGCAUGAUGCCAGGACUUCAGCCCAGCUUUGUCCCACAGCCUCCCACCAUGCCAGGUCAACCUCAGGUGGCGGCUGCGAUUCCAGAGCAACCACCAAACCAGAUAUUGUUCCUCACGAACCUGCCAGAGGAAACCAACGAAAUGAUGCUCUCAAUGUUAUUCAACCAAUUUCCGGGCUUCAAGGAGGUACGCCUCGUCCCAGGACGGCACGACAUCGCGUUCGUGGAGUUUGAGAAUGAGCUGCAGUCAGCUGCAGCUAAAGACGCCUUGCAGAGCUUUAAGAUCACGCCAACUCAUGCAAUGAAGAUCACGUUCGCAAAGAAGUGAUUGCCAACAGCACGGCUCUGGGUGAUGCGUAGGUGUGCUCGUAAAGGUGUGCCGGGUAGGGUAGUUCCAGAUGUGUCCGCCAACACCCCAAUGUAUGCACACAAUGCCCUCGGGUAACCAGUGAAGGUCUGAAGUUAUGUCAUGGUGUGCUUUUCUGUCAGUUGUGAUAGAGUGGUUUUACAGAGUUCCAGUAAAAGAUGGACUUGCAAAAUGUUCUACUUUCCCUAUGAGACUUUGCAGUGUGUUUGUGCGGAAAAGGGCCCUUCUCCAUCAAACAGCCCCCCUCCCCUAUCAUUGAUCAGUCUGAUUAACCUUUUCAAGGGGUGUAUAUUAUUGACUAGGAGUAUGAACACAGCAAAUGGUGAGUUUGUAUCAUAUAAGUAAAAGAGUGUGUAAAUGACUGACAAUUUUUGUGGUUUCUGUGCAUGAAAGUUAUUGGCUGUGUACCAGUUUAGCAUUGCACUCCUGCCAAAAACUGGUUAAGCAUCCCAACUUACAGCAUUGCACACUUGCUGUUUAACUUGGGAGAUUGCAUUAGAUCUGUUCCAGUUUAGAAUUGCACACAUUCUGACAUUCCAAGUCUGGCCGAGUUUUCGAUUUGGCUGCAUCGCACUCUAGCUAUGGACAUAUCAAGUUGUAUUAAGCCUGCUUGUAAGUUAAUAAUGUUGUUUUGCAUACAAAGCAAUUGUGACUAUUGCUCGUAAGAGUGAUAACAAUUUAAGUUUUAUUUACAUGAGUGUUUUCAGUAUUAAACAUUAACCCUGAUCUCGUGCAAAGAAUCAGCAAAAAUAAAUAAAAUGCAAAUAAAUUAAAUGAAGUAUUUCAAAGUU